AUGCAUUUCGUCUCAGCCGAAGGUCGUCACACACCGAGGCAUAUGCUUAAUUCCACUUAUGUGCGUGGGGAGGAGAAUAUCCGAGGCUGGAGACCGCGAAGUGAUUCUCUCAUAUUGGAGCAUCAGGUGGAGUUGGAGAGACUCGCGUUUAUUGAAUCGGUUGAAAAGACAAAGCAAUUUCUUGCUUUGCGUGAGGCGAUCAAGAGUAAGAGGGAGGACGAUUCAUUGCAGAGGCUGGAUGGAAUGAUAAGACAACUGCAAGGCAAUCACUUGUACAAUCUGGUUUCAUGCUUCAAAAGUCUCACGCCUCCCAACCAAUCUCUAUUCGAUGAAAAGCCGGACACAACAACGUCGGAGGGGGUUGUACGACCAACUUCGCUUGUUGCAAACGUCGACAAGACUGACCUCCUCCUCACUUGUGUCAAUAUUCUCGGAUUUGGUAAUCCUAGUCUUCCAAACGAACCGAUGGCGGAGUCAGCGGAGGGUAAUUUCACUGAUGGAGGAGACAGUGAUUCGUCCACCACUCGAAGCGAUGGAAGUGACGUUUGUUCCAGCUUCAUUGAAGAUGCCUUCGUGCCAAAGGUGAAUGCCGAUUCGGUGUUUCUACAAUGCGGUGAAAUGCACAACGACAUGCUCUGCGCCCGAUGUGAUGAGGUAAGCGAUUGA